AUGGCCUCUCAGUCGAACCAAACGACCCCAGCCAAACCCAACGACAAUCUGACGGCGCGCCGCACCACUACCCAAAGAAGGAGAAACCGCCAGGCCCGCAAAUAUGGAUUUGCCUGUGCUAAUUCAAACAACGAGACCUGUUACUUUGACAAGGCUCCGUCUGUCACGUAUGCGUUAGGUCUCCAAGAUCGUCUGAAAUCCCAAGAGGCCAUAUUGAAACAGCUGCACGAUGCUGCCACAAAUGAAGAGAAAUCACAGCUUUUAGAAAAGUACUUUAGCAACAGUAACGCGUUGUCCAAACCUCGCAGAGCCUCGCAGGCAAAUCCCAAUGGUAGUUUCCACCGGGAUGGAGCUGACGCUCAGGCCGCUGCCAAUGUUGAGGUGGACGACUCAUCCGAGGAUGAGGUUACCGAGCUGCUCAAUGAAACAACUGUCGGGGAAGAUGGACGUAUCUACUUUUAUGGGCGGACAAGUCACUAUCAUCUACAGCCGGCGCAGAUUUGUGAAUCCGGUGCUGCAGAGAGAGAACUAUCCGAAGCUAUACGAUACCGAUCCGCUAUCCACAAAGAUCCAUCUCCAGGAGGAACAAGUCCACAAACAGAUUGGGGAUCAAUAUUCACAACAGAUAUCUCACAAGAGCUAGUCAGUGACCUUAUUCAUUCAGGAUCAUAUGUGACAGUCUUCCUUCUCAACUGUACGCUGGCCCAAGCCGCUCGUUUCUCAGAUCGACAAGACGCGUCCGAUCUCAGCGCAUAUUUUGCCAAAAAGGCACUCAAUGACCUAGCUGAGGAGAUUGAUCGAGGAUCAUCCAUCCCGACCUUACAAGGGUUAUUGAUUCUAUCAGCAAGGGAAUGCGCUGCAGGACGAACAUCCCAAGGAUGGCUGUUCUCAGGCAUGGCAUUCCGUAUGAUGCGCGAUCUCGGAAUCCAUAUCCAUACAAAAUCCCUGAGUCAUCUUGAGGGCCAGUUUUCACUGGAAGAUCUAGCUCUUCGCCAACAGAUCUUUUGGAGCUGCUAUACCUGGGAUAAGACAAUGAGUCUCUGUCUCGGUCGAGCGCCAACCAUACAUGAAACGAUGCCCGUUCCUAGCCCGGAGACCUGGCUUGAUGAAGAACCAGAAAACGAAAAAUGGUACCCUCAUUUUAGCUCCUCGAUUCCUUCAGAUGUAGGGUGCAUAUCUCAAAGGUCAUACACCAACAGUCGAUUUUCCGCUUAUUGCACUCUUUGCAUCAUAAUCGAUGACGUGCUGGACACAUUGUAUUCCCGACCACAUCACGCCGGUCAAAGCCAUCUGAACGGCUAUUUAGAUCGGAUCAUGGCUAAACUCGAAAGCUGGUCCAAAGCUCUUCCCUCUCAUCUAUACAUCGCUGAAAAUGACCGGAUCAUAUCAUGCCCUCCUCUCCAUAUUCUUCUGCUCAAUCUUCUCUAUCAUGCUACCAUCAUUUUACUCUGUCGCCCAUAUCGAUCCAAAGAUUCGACCGCGAGGGCAACGGCAACAAAGGCGGCAGAGAUGAUUGACCGUCUACUAACAUUACACGUCCGACGCUUCGGGUUCAGAGUGCUCACAUAUCUCGAGACAUAUACUGUUUUUGUCGGUGCCACAGUCAAUAUCUUGGAUCUCAAACAGUGUGAAGGCGAAGAGGCAGAAGCUGCAAAUGCUAGAUUGGCAUUCAGCAUGGAAGUUCUCCGAAAUGCUCACAGCACUCCGUCUACUCUUAAAUGCGUCGAAAUUAUUGAAAAAUGUCUGCGCAAUGACAACCAGGCGAUGAUCUUCGAAUCACGAGCCACAUCAACACCAAAGCGCACCGCAACUGGCAGUACCUCCAUCCCUUCCUGUCAGCAGCAGGCCGCCUUUUCUGGUGCCUAA